AUGAAGGAGCGGCCUUGUGGGGUCUCAGUUGGCUCUCCUCCGGUCCUCAGCACGACGAAGGGCCUGGUGCGCGGCUGCUGGGGCACCUUCACCGCCGAGGCGUUCUACCGGCCCCUGCCCGGGGGCGGCGAUCGUGAGGCGCUCGUCACCGACCGGGAGCGGCCCUGGGUGCACAAGGCCCUGGUGGAGAACAGCCUCACGGCUGACCGGCACGCCCUGGGGCCCAGGGUCUACGGGCACGGCGUCGUGGAGCAGAGGAAGGGCGGCCACUACAGGGCCACCGUGCUCUUCAUGGAGCGCCUGGACCCGCUCGAGGAGUCCGCGUGGUCGGAGGACGACACCGCCGAGCUGCUGCGCAUCACGGGCAGGCUGUCGCGGGUGGCAUUCCACAACGACCUCAAGCUCCCCAACAUUCUCCGACGUGCUGGGCGGCCCGUGGUGGUGGAUUACGACCUUAUGGCGCCGUGGACGGUGAAGAUCGCGGUGACCUCGAGCUGCAUAGAGCAGGACUUCAGGGCCCUUCUGGAGCCCGCGGGGGAGCUCUGCGACGGCCCGCUGUUCCGCGCCGUGCUGCGGCGCCUGGAGGCCCUGUGGGCCGACCUCGCGGCGCCCGCGCUCGGCCCCCUCCUGCGGGCGUUCGACGCCGACGCGCUGACGCAGAUCCCCUUCGAGGUGCUGGUGCGAGUGCCCCUCCACGCCACCACGGUGAACCUGCUGGACCUGCGAGGGAACCUCUUCGCCCACCUCCCGCGCGACGACGCCCGCUCGGACGCGGAGCGGGAGGCGGCGUGCGCGCGCCUGCCGCAGCUGCUGCGCUCGCAGGGGGUCUAUUGGCCCUGA